AUGGGGAACCACGGCUCCAACCUGGACGACAUCCUGGCGGAGGACAUGCACCACUGGUACAACAAGUUCAUGAAGGAGUCUCCGUCGGGUCUCAUCACGCUGUUCGAGCUGAAGGGUAUCCUGGGCCUGAAGGGCAUGAGAGACGCCAACAGCUACGUGGAUCAGGUGUUCUUCACCUUCGACAUGGACGGGGACGGCUACAUCGACUUUGUGGAGUACAUCGCUGCCAUCAGUCUGAUGCUGAAAGGAGAAAUCAACCAGAAGCUAAAGUGGUAUUUUAAACUGUUCGACCAGGACGGAAACGGAAAGAUCGACAAAGAAGAACUGGAAACCAUUUUCUCAGCCAUACAGGACAUCACACGGAACAGAGAGACCGACCCGGAGGACAUCGUCUCGCUCAUAUUCGAGAAGAUCGACGUUAACGGAGAAGGUGAGCUGACCCUGGAGGAGUUCAUCGAUGGCGCCAAAGACCACCCGGACAUCAUGGAGAUGAUGAAGAACCUGAUGGACCUGACGCCGGUGCUCAUGAUCAUCGUGGAGGGGAGGGCAGGCUGA